CGCCGGAAACAGGACCGCUCGCCUGCUCGGUCCGGUCCGGUACGGACCGCCGGCGGCUGGUCCAAACGAAGGCUCGGUCAGGGACCGGACCGGACCGGACGGUCCGGACCGUGUCCACCUUGACCACACCGCCGCCCCUCAGCCAACCCCGACCAUGUCCUCUGCGCCUACCGUCUAGACAAGCGGCUAGGGUUUCACGCCGCAGCCGUCGCCGUCGCCACGCACCUCCCGCCGCUGUCGGCUCCACCCCCCUGACUACGUCCUCUGCCUCCUACCGUCGCCUCCGGACACGUCUCCUUCGCCAGCAGAUCGACGCCGCCGCCCAGCUCGACCUCCUCCCUCGUCCCGCGGCCGUAUAGUUUGAUCGAGAUGCUGCACGAGAAGCACGUCCAGAUCGGCCAACUGUCCGAUGAUGGAGAUGGAACAAACAAGGCGUGGACAGGGGAGAAGAGGCACCGCAAGGACCUGCCCGCAUCAUCUUCCCAUGCUCCUGCCACUGCCCAGCACCAUGGAGACGUGGAGGACACCAUCCAAGGGGGUCAAGAUCUGAUUCCUCAUGCGACAGACAUGGAGCCGCUGCUCAGAACAGAUUCGGCGCACGAAACAAGCCAGGAUUGCUUCGGGCCGGACGUCCUCAUCAGCGAGGAGGACGAAACCCGUUUUGCCCAACGUUUGCGUCCCAACAUUCCUCUUCCUCGUACUGACCUGCCACUUUAUAUGUCAUGGGAGGAAGAAGACAAGAUAGAAGCGCGCCUUGGACGCCUUCGCAUCACUUAUUACAAGGAUGUGAAGCCGGAGUGCGCACGUGAACGUGAGCUUAAGGAACCAGAAGAAUACACUGAUGCUGAACUUGGUGAGGAGUUGUACUUUAAGCGGUUAGAGGAGGAUGAAAGUUUUGAGUGGUUCGUCCAUCCUGAUGACACCUAUAAAGCUGGAUUGAAUGACUACCAACGGAUUGCCCCUCGUAAUUUUCUGCCUCAUAGCGGUCGGAACCUGUACCGCUAUCACGAUGAGUACCGCUCACGUUAUCAUACAUAUAAAAUUGAUGUUGUUUAUGUCAAGUAUUAUGCAGAAAUUUCAAAGAAAAUCAAGUGGAUUACAGAGUAUUUGCAUCUGGAUCGCAGGACCAAGGCUUGGUUAGAAUUGGAUACUAGAGCAUGGAGGCAAGCAUUGAGGAUUGCAACUGACUUUGCCCAUAUUACUGUUCGUUUAGCUGCUUUUGCUUAUAAUGUAAGAUAUCUUGUCUUUUGCUAA